GGAUUACAGGGUGCAUGCCACAAAUAGAGGACUUGCAGCUUCUGACGUCACUACGGAGCGCCCGCUCCACUGGAGUGUUCUGGAAGUGAUGUUCUCUAGUCUCCUCUAAGGACGCAGUGCCCUGCACAGCUGUCAUUGUCACCCAGUCCAGCAAGAGGACAACAUGCCGCGCGGCAGCCGCAGCACCUCCGGCCGAGCAGCUCCUAGGUGAGUGCCAGGGCUUUGUAGGUGCACACACAAUCAGGUCACAGCUCACAGGGCUUUGCGACAACUUACCGUGGGAUCAUGACACGGGAGCAAUAAGCAGGUGGAAUUCUGGCCCCAGGAGCAAUUUGGGCUCUCGGGGCUUAUGUAAGAUAAUGUACAGCUGACGGUGUGAUUGAGUGUGGGCACUCAAGUAAAACCACAUAGAGUAGUUUUAUGAUUUGGCAGUUUUUAAAUAAAUUAAAAAGUUGCUUUAACCCGUUGAGCGCCAGAAGUGUGCAACAAUCUUUGGUUUUGCAAUGUUUUGGGCACACUGCACACAUUUACAGUAUAUUUACAGAGCAUUUUAUAUAUUCAUAGUAUUUUGUGGACUUUUCGUCCACUCAUUAAAGGGACACUCCAGGCACCCAGACCACUACUGCCUAUUGAUGUGGUCUGGGUGCCAACUCCCAUCACCCUUAAAGGACCACUAUAGGCACCCAGACCACUUCAGCUCAAUGAAGUGGUCUGGGUGCCAGGUCCAGCUAGGUUUAACCCUUUUUUCUAUAAACAUAGCAGUUUCAUAGAAACUGCUAUGUUUAUAAUAUGGUUAAUCCAGCCUCUAGUGGCUGUCUCAUUGACAGGGGACCUGAGGGUGGGGGCACCCUCAGGGCACUAUAGUGCCAGGAAAACGAGUAUGUUUUCCUGGCACUAUAGUGGUCCUUUAACCCUACAAGUGUAAUUAUUGAAGUUUUUAUAAACUGCAAUAAUUACCUUGCAGGGUUAAGCCCUCCUCUAGUGGCUGUCUAUCACAAAAAUUUUGUCCAAGGUAAGUUUUAUGCCUUUUUUUUUUUUUUUUAUCAGACAGCCACUAGAGGGACUUCCGGCUCCUUAAAACACGAAAAGUGUUUUAAACAACACUAGACAUCCUCACGCUAUGCAUGAGGACCUCCAGUGUUGUCGGAAUCCCUAUAGGAAAGCGCGCCCGCGGCCAUUGCCGAGGAGGAGCGUGGGAAGAGCCUGACCCAGUGCCAAGGGACAUUGGUGCUGGAUUCAGGUAAGUUACUGAAAGGGGUUGGGAGGGAGAGCGGCACUGCAGGAUUCUGCACUGCUCUGUUGUCCUGGCACUGGAGAGUCCCUUUAACCUCUUAACGACCGAGGAUGGUUCAGGACCGUCAUCGGCAUUUUUGCCUUGCCGACCGAUGACGAUCCUGAACCGUCCUAACGGUCUUAGUUACUUACCUGAUCGCCGUCGUUCCCCCGGCGGCGAUCAGCGUGGCUCCGGUGUGGGGAGACUGCCUGCAGCCCAGACAGUCUCCCCACACUGAAUUAGGACCCCUGUGGCCAUGUGAUUGCUCAACACAGCGAUCACAUGGUCACAAUAGGUGUCCAUGUGUCUGCCUGCAGGGGGACUGCCUGUGCUGACAGGCAGUCUCCCUGCUAGUGUAAAAUCAAUAAAAAAUAAAUAAAGUUAGUGUUAAUAAAAAAAUAAAAUAAUUAUAUAUGUGUAUAUACAGACAUAUAUUAUAUCUAUAUAAUAUAUGUCUGUAUAUCAUAUAUAUAAUGCCAUACUAAGUGUAUUUUUAUAUUAAUAUGUACUUAUAUUAAUAUAAAAAUACACUUAUAAUUAAAUUACACACGUAUAUAUAUAAUAACUAUAUAUAUUGUAUAUAUAUAUUAUUAUAAAAUAUAAAUAAGUAAUUUAAGUUAAAUAAAUUUUUUUAAAAAUAAUAAUAAAAAUUUCAAAAAAAUUAUAUAUCUAUAUGAAAUUUUAUUCUAACUGUAUGUUAAAAUUAAUAUAUAUAUAUAUAUUUAUAUCAAAAUACACUUAGAAUGAAUUUGUAUAUAUAUCUAUGUAUAUAUAAAUAAAUAAAAAUAAUACGAAAUAUACAUAUGUCCAUAUACAAAAUUACAUAAAUAAUUAUAUAAAUAUACACGUAGACUACAAAUAUAUAAAUAUGCAUAUAUAUUUAAAUUCUACGUGCGUAUUUAUGUAAUAUUUUUACAUAAUUCAGUAAUUUUAUUGAUUGCAAUUUGAGGGACCUGCCUGCCAACCCAGGCCGAAAUUCCAGAUAAUUUAAUUUGCUAGCACUGUAUUUUACCCUGUAAUGUUCUACGACACCCUAAAACCUGUACAUGGGGGGUACUGUUUUACUCGGGAGACUUCGCUGAACACAAAUAUUAGUGAUUCAAAACAGUAAAACAUAUCACAGCGAUGAUAUUGUCAGUGAAAGUGACUUUUUUGCAUUUUUCACACACAAACAGCACUUUUACUGAUGAUAUAAUUGUUGUGAUACGUUUUCCAGUUUUUAAACACCAAUAUUUGUGUUCAGCGAUGUCUCCCGAGUAAAACAGUACCCCACAUGUACCGGUUUUAUAGCAUUUUUGAAAGUUACAAGGUCAAAUAUAUGGGUCAAAUAUUUUUACAAAUAUUUUUACAUUUUUCACACACAAACAGCACUUUUACUGAUGAUAUAAUUGUUGUGAUACGUUUUCCAGUUUUUAAACACCAAUAUUUGUGUUCAGCGAUGUCUCCCGAGUAAAACAGUACCCCACAUGUACCGGUUUUAUAGCAUUUUUGAAAGUUACAAGGUCAAAUAUAUGGGUCAAAUAUUUUUACAUUGAAAAUGGCCAAGUUGGUUACGUUGCCUUUGAGAGCGUAUGGUAGCCCAGGAAUGAGAAUUACCCCCAUGAUGGCAUACCAUUUGCAAAAGAAGACAACCCAAGGUAUUGCAAAUGGGGUAUGUCCAGUCUUUUUUAGUAACCACUUGGUCACAAACACUGGCCAAAAUUAGCGCUCAAUUUAGUUUUUUUACUUUUUUCACACACAAACAAAUAUGAAUGCUUACUUUGGCCAGUGUUUUCGACUAAGUGGCUACUAAAAAAGACUGGAUAUACCCCAUAUUGAAUACCCUGGGUUGUCUACUUUAAAAAAAAUAUGUACAUGUGGGGUGUUAUUCAGAGAUUUAUGACAGAUAAUAGUGUUACAAUGUCACUAUUGAUAAAUUUUAAAAAUGUAUGUUUUGAAACCGCAAUAUCCUACUUGUACCUAUAGCCCUAUAACAUGCAAAAAAGCACGUAAACACUAGGUAUUUUUAAACUCAGGACAAAAUUUUGAAUCUAUUUAGCAGUUUUUUCAUUCGCUUUUGUAGAUGAGUAAAAGAUUUUUCAAGUAAAAGUCAAAAAACAUGUAUUUUUUUCAAUUUUUCAUCAUAUUUUUUUUUUUUUAAAUUAAAAUACAUGAGAUUAUAUAAAUAAUGAUAUGUAAAGAAAGCCCCUUUUGUCCUGAAAAAAACAAUAUAUUAUUUGUAUGGGAACAGUAAAUGAGAGAGCGGAAAAUUACAGCCAAACACAAACACCACAAAAGUGUAAAAAUAUGCCUGGUCGCAAAUGUACAACAUCGCAAAAACAGUCCAGUCCUUAAGAGGUUAAGAUAACAACGACUUUCAAAAAGUACAAAAAUAUACAUUAAAAAAUGGUGCAUAGUAAAAUUACCUAGAUGAAAGUCUAAAAUAAAUUAUCAAACAAACUUGAGUGAUUCUCUGUGUUGACCAGGGCAGGACUGGAUUGGGACAUCAGAACCUUUUAAAGUAUUUUAUGCCACUUUUGUUUAUGGGACAGUAAUAUCUCUUUUGUGUAAACAGUUAUUGCUGUUAUUUAUCUGUAACUAUCCAUGUAUUAUGAUUUACUCUUUUGAUAUUGGAGAAUUUAUUCACUUAAAAAAGGAAUUGUGGAGAAAUAAAAAGGAGAUUGCAGAUUUUAGGUUAAAAAAGAUGGAGUUGGAAAAACAACUGAGCGUGAGAAUUUUGCCAAUUGCAAAAAAUUUCUGCCCAAAUCUUGCAAUUUCCUUGCCAGUGCUGCACAGGUUGAUAACCCAAGGUGAAUUCAAAGGGAAUUUCAAGGUCAAAAUAGCUAACGUGGAAAAAAAUCUCUACAUCUGCUUUGCUUCUUAUUUUGUCUACUCCAACCUUAAUUGUGAAAUUCCUUUGACUUUAUUUACUUUAGUAAAUAACGCUAAUAGAGUUUGUCCCUAGUUGUUUUACCAUGGAUAUAGUUGUUUUUCUUUGCCUAGGUCUGAAUAUUGUAUAACUUUUUAACUUUCUGUUUUUCUUUCCAGCCCUGCGCCCUCCCAUGCUCCUGCCCCUGUCCACCCACCACCUUCUGCUGUGUCUACAGCCCCUGCUGCAUCUCAGGGCCCUGGCCUUAUGGCCCAGAUGGCAACUACAGCAGCAGGGGUGGCUGUAGGAUCGGCAGUGGGGCAUGUGAUUGGAGGAGCCCUCACUGGUGCUUUUAGUGGAGGCAGCUCAGAGCCAGCUAAACCAGUAGCACAGGUGAGAAACAAAAUAUAAUAUUGUUAUUGUUCAAUAUAAUAUGUGGUAUAAUCAAGCCAUAUAUAUUGUUAUUUACAAUAUAGUAAACUUUGGUCAGCCGAUCCGUGAUCGUGUUUUUGUGAUAAUCACUGUUGCUUGUGCCCUCUAAAUGUAAACUUACUGCAAGGCUUAUACAUAAUUAAUUCUAUGAAAAGGCAUAGUUCGUGCAGGAUGUAAUUCAAGAUAACAGUACUUUUAUAUCUAUUGUACAUAGUUUCCCCCUCUCCCUGGGAUAUUUGUUAGUAGGCUGGUGUAGUCAGAGAACUAGUACUAGUUUCUGUCUACCUGAGUCUUCAUGGCACAUCUUCAGUGCAAUAUAAAUGCACUGGAAACAUCCCUGUCAUACAAUAGAUUAACUUAUUUAACAGUGAGUUGACAUUUAUGAGAGUUGAAUGUGUGGGUACGAGGGCUGUAUUCUGCUUAUGGGAGUUGUUUUUACAGAAGCUUGUAUAUGUCAGCAAAAUUGCAAACUUAACCCCAAAAUAGCUGAAUUUGAAAAAACAAAACAAAACAUGUCUAACUAAAAUCUUGUCCAAGGUAAGUUUUAUGCCAUUUUUUUUUUUUUUUUUUUUACAAAAAGAAACAUGUUUGUAUUAUUUAUUGCAAAAUCUAGGCAUAUAGAGGAACAGGGCAUCCAUAUUUAAUUACCAAGUUAAGUAAAACAGACCAGAAGUUUACAUUUUAGGCUGUGUCCAGCUGAAGUUAUGAAAGUCAUACUAAACUCCCACUUUCUCUUUUCUUUCCCCAUUCUCUCUCACCCCUUUUCCCAACUAUAUUUUCUGGAAUUUCUACUAUAUAUGGAAACCAUUGUGAUUGUUGUGCACACAUUGUUUCCUCUUAGAAAAUGUCUUUCUUCAUGUUUAACCCCUUAAGGACCAAACUUCUGGAAUAAAAGGGAGUCUUGACAUGUCACACAUGUCAUGUGUCCUUAAGGGGUUAAGAAAGUCUGUUAAACCUCAAAAUGUGUCUUUGGUGUAAAUAUUGCACCUUGUGGACUGAUUCUGUGUCAGAUGCAUUGUGUGCAGGUCUUCCGCUAUGUUAUUUUUUAAAUUGGGUUUAAAUGCACAUACAAUGUUUAUAUUUCUUAUUCAGUUACUAAGCCUAUUAUUCAUUAUUUUCCUUCUGUGCUUCUAUCACCUACAGGAACCACAAAGGCCCCCAGCCUCUCCUCAGCCACCUCAAUCACAGUAUGGUCCCUGUCACUAUGAAAUGAGGCAGUUCCUGGAUUGUGCUACCACGCAAAGUGAUCUGACCCUGUGUGAGGGGUUUAGUGAGGCACUGAAACAGUGCAAACACAACUAUGGUGAGAAGGGAGAUGAUUUAGGAUCAUGUAGCCAUGGGUUAGAACAUACAAACAGUAUGAAAGAUGUAAGGUUGUAGUGUUUUGUUAUAUGGUAAAAGUAUAGUUUAAAGGGUGACGAUCAUGGUAUAUUUAAAGAGCAUGCAAUCUCAUCAAUACAUUGUCCUAGCAGAUUUGCAUUUAGCAAGUGAAUAGAUUGGGAGAAAAACUUAUUUAAAAUAGGUCUGUCUCCCACCUGUCACUAAAUUCUUCAGCACAGAGUAUAUGUCAAAGCACUGACUGACAGGGGAGAGCAGAAGAAACCUCCCACAGGCAGUAUAUCUGCUUUCCAAGCAUAGCAGCCACAGCGCUUUGGUAUCACAGAGGAGGUUUGUAGGACAACUCAAACAAGAGACUAGGAGAACCACAGGUGAGUGUUACAGGAGGGUAAUGCAACCAAGCUGAGGACAUGGCGGUGCUGGAUUGGAGGUGAGUUCAUAUUUAUAUAGUUUACAUGGAAUAUAUCAUGUAUCAGUGAGAUAUUGUAAAUUCAGUGGAUUUGAGGGGAUAUAUGUUAUAUGUCCUGACAGGUUCACUUUAAGGGACAUAACAUUUUUUGAGGUAUGUAGUGGAGAAUAUUAAAAAACAAGUUGACUUUUUCUUUUUUCAAUUCAGAUAUUUUGGUUUAAGAAUGUUGUGAAUUGUAAACCACUUUGUGAAAUGUAGGUUAAAAUAGCCAAACUAUGACUAUAGAUAAGUAGGAGAUGUUUUUGCCAACUAGCUUUUCAUUUUUUACAAAAUGGAGUUUAGUGAAUAAAUACCUUAGUUAAUACUAAGUAGAGGAGGAAAUUACAGGAAUAAAAUGGAAUGUCAGCAGUCCAGGCAUGCAGGCUGAAAGUAGUAUGUGGCAUGGUGGGAAUGGAUUAGUGUGAAAACCUAAAUGGAAUAGACACAACUCGAAUGCUGAAAGACAAAUCGAGGACUGUUAUAGCUUGUGAGUUUAAUCUCUGAUUUAUGUUCUCUUCAGGGGUCUCAUCACUCUUGUGACAUUGCCAGUCCAGCCGUCGGAUUACCAGAUUAGAUACAAACAGAAUUCAUCACUUUAUCUACAACGCACUACAGCUUUGUGUCCGAUACCUACAGCACCACACAACGCGACAUAGCUUUGUCUGCUCGUAAUCCUUAAUUUACCAUAAAACAGAACUUUUAAUAAAUCUAGAUACUUGCUAUUUUAAGUAUUUAUGCUG